AUGAGUAUCAAAAAUAAUACUACAUCUCCGACGACAACGUCUCGCAGAACUCACCGUUGGGAUCCAUUAGAACAGAGUGAAAAACAGAAAUUCUGUGUCCAAAGUAAACCACCGCUUUCACUUCGUCAAUUUCUUCGAUCUACUAUAACCAGCAAUCCAGACGGUAAACAUUGGAAGCCAGCUGGAAUGUAUCAUGGAUCUCUUGUCCUAGAAGACCCACCUACGAAAGCACCGGAUACUCUGCCUAAGAUUAUUAUAAAAGGACGCAAAGAUUCACGUCCUGUUUGGUCUCCACCUGGUGUUGUUAAAUUCAAACGACCUGCGUCCUCGAAGGAAGAAAACAAACCACCAAAAUCUGAACAUACUACAACUGAGUCCGAAGACACUCGUGUAAAAGUGACUCCAUGGUAUCCUUCUGGUAAUCCAUAUUACGAACCAGUAACAUAUUUUGAUGCGCCAAGUUUGAGAUGGUCAUCUCAACAAAUAAAACAAUCAAUGCCCGAAUUCAAAUCGAUCCCAAAUAAUUCAUCAACAAAUCCGAAGUAA